AUGUUUAGUUUGGCGCUUUGUUAAACACGAGACGCUACGGUCGCUAUGGUUAAGACACAUGCUCCGACUUCAGUUAUCGAUUCACCAGCUGAAGAGGAUCAUGUAGAUACGAAUGCUGGUGAAGAGACUUCAGAUAUCUGUAGUAUAUGUCUACUUAUGUUUUUAUAUAUUCUACAGGGCAUUCCUCUCGGACUAGCAGCUGCAGUUCCAUAUCUGCUUCAGUCAGAUCAAAAAACAGUUAGUUAUCAGUCACAAGCAACAUUUUCACUUGUAACAUGGCCGUUUUCGCUUAAAUUGGCAUGGGCUCCAAUAGUGGACUCUUUAUACAGUUCACGUAUCGGCAGGCGGAAAACUUGGCUUAUUCCUGUGCAGUACGCCAUCGGGAUUGAUCUGCUCAUUCUUGCACGAUACGUUGACCAUUGGCUAGGACGUACACCGAGUAAUCCGUGGGGUCCUUUAGGCGUGAUGCAUCCUGUGGAUAUUUCAAGCUUGACUAUGGCUUUCUUUGGGCUCACAUUUCUUGCGGCCACUCAAGACAUAGCUGUUGAUGGGUGGGCACUUACGAUGUUAUCGAAAAAGAAUUUAGGUUGGGCUUCUACUUGUAACACAGUUGGUCAAACAUUCGGUUAUGUGACAGCCUUCAUUUUAUUUAUGUCUUUAGAAUCACCGUAUAUUUCCAACACGUAUAUACGAUUCACCCCUGUUCAAGGCGAAGGGAUAAUUACCUUUUCAGGUUUUCUUUAUUUUUGGGGCAUUGUAUUUCUUUUAACAACUACGCUUGUUGGAAUUUUUAAAAGAGAAAGAACUCAUAACCUAACUUAUAAAUCAUCCAAGCAUUUUGAUCAUCGCGAUCAUCAUCCCAAUGAUGAUAGUGGUAAAGAUCGACCAUUCACUUCAAAUCAUUCAGAGGAAACGCCUACUCGGUCUUCACGUUCUCGGAAUCGUAUUUCAGAUGGACAGAAUACCAGUGGUGAACAAGCUAACCAUGAAUUCAAUCGACUCAAAGAUUCAAAUACAACUCGAUACCCAUCAGAUGGUCGGAGUUAUAUAAUUGAAGUUUCUCCAAAUGAACAACUACAUCCAGUUGAGUCGAAUGAAGAAUUAUCAUUGGUUGAUACUUAUCGUGUUAUGUUAGGCAUUUGUCGACUGAAACCUAUCCUACAAUAUAUAUUGUUUCUUUUUACUGUCAAGGUAUGUUUUGCCGCAGCGGAUACCAUUUCUGGAUUAAAACUAAUUGAGCAAGGUUUACCAAAAGAACGACUGGCAUUUAUUGGAAGUCUUCUGUUACCACUUCAAGCAGUUUUGCCGCUUUUUAUCACUCGGAUAACAAAUGGCCCAAGAGUGUUAAAAUAUUACAUUUGGGCUAUAUUACCCCGUUUAUUUUUAGCAUCAUUAUCAGUUCCAUUGGUUUAUUUUGCACCAUAUUUUAAGAUUUCGGAAGAAAUCUCUCCUAUCAUGCAGAAUAAUCAUAUGAGUGCUGACAACAAUACAUUGAAAUCAACAUUUGUUCAAGGAGUUGUAACAUACACCUCAUUUUCAUGGUCAUUUUAUGUACUCAUAGCAAGCCAAUUGAUUGUAUACUCAAUAUUCACCAAUAUUAUGUUCAUUACUCAAAUGUCUUUUCAUGCACGAAUCAGUGAUCCAGCUGUGGGUGGAACAUACAUGACUUUAUUAAAUACAGCUGCUAAUUUAGAUUUCACCUCAACAAAAGCUCUGUCAAGCAGCUGGUUGGUAGUCCUACGUCUAAAUUAUGUGCAUCAAUAUAGUCAUAUACAUAACAGACAGUUUCGGUGAGUGGCACACUUGUGCAUAUACCAGUUCACCUGUUCUUGUGGAGCAAGGUACAUCGAUCGUAGCCAGAGAUUGCUUUAUACACGUAUACGACAACAUGUUCCUGCUUGGUUUUAUCAAGGUGAAAGAAAGUCUGUUAGAAGUUCGAUUCUAGAACAUUUGAUUGAUUUCCAUCACUCAACAAACCUAGGCAAUGACUUUAAAAUUAUUUAUCAAAUCCGCCAAAACCUUUCACGUUUUCUUCGUUUUCAACUCAUUAAAACAGCGAAGGCGUUAGCUAUUCAUGAACUAAAACCUGAUCUGUGUGUACAAAAGAACUACAAGUCUACCGAACACAAUAUUCUUAUCGCUUGUUGAACCACUUACUGUGCGAUUAUGUUCUGGAGCUGAUAUUUUAAAGGCUGGUUUAUUGUUUUUACAUACCAAGUCUGGUAACGUAAUGAAUUUAACUGAAAGUAUACAGUAUCCAAAAGAAAUUCUGUACAUAAAUGGACAGUCAUGGUUGACGAAUAACGCUACGUGUCGAGAUUCUGAAACUGUAAAGGCCUGUCAAGAUAUUGAUGGAACAUGUUCAACUCUUUUAGAUGGUUUCUAUGUAGAAGUUGGAUUAUGUCUAGUAUUUGGAUUGUUUACUUUCCCUACAAUAGUACGUCCUUUGGCGAAUUGUUUAGAUACUUUACCAAAUGAAGCCUAUACCUUUUAUCUUUCGUCUAGGUCAACGGUUGUAUCAUCACAAGAAAAACAACGGCAUAAAAUUAAAAUGAAAAAUUGAAUAAGGUUAGGAAGGAUUAACAAUUGAAUUCCACUUUAUUUAAUUACCUCCAAUCUAUUAUAUGUAUACCGUUGUAUGUUAUAUAGACAUGUUCCCUUGAGCAUUUUGUGCUUUUGUGUGUGUGUGUGUUGAUUAGCUUCUUCUGAUCUCAUUCUUGUGUGUGUUUUUUUUGCCCAUUCUCUUCAGUUUUCUGUUGGUCUCUUUGUUUUUAUAUUUUCAACUUGUACACAAGUGUGUAUUCCACAUUCUCUAAACUCAUCUAUGAUCUUAUUAUUUUACCAUUUGUGAUAUAUUUACCCCUGUGUAUAUUAUACAGUGAAAAAUCGAUAAUUGUUGUUUCUGUUAUACUUAAUGAUCAUCUAUUUAUUUUUUGUAUAAUGGAGAAUCUGUGUUACUCUUUUGGAUAUUUGUUUAGAAAUGGGAGGGUCGUUUAUUUUUAUUUAUUUGUUUAUUUGUUUUAUCUCUCUGUUUGUUUGUGUACAUGCAAUUGCAUGCAUAAUAAUUACUUCUUAUUACUGUUCGAUAUUUUGUACAUUCACUUUAUACUCUUAUUUCAUAAAUGAUGAUUAUUUUGUUAAUGGAAUGAGACAGUAGAAGAGGUACAAAAUGUGACUGAUAUUUAUUGCUGUUUACUAAUUUCAUCACUUUAUUGCUUACCUGUUGAUAACCGUAAAUGCUAUCAGUUUGACUUUCUGAGAUAGAUAUGGUUCCAAGUUGUUAUUCA